UUACGUACGCACAUGCGCACAAGUGCUGUAAUUUGUUGAUAUCCUGCUCUGUACUACUCAUUUAAGAUUUAGACUUUCUAUAGCUAAUAAUACAGCCAACUAUAUGGGGUGCGGUUUGUGCUGUGUGGACUAUAUCAUCUGAAUGUUGCCUAUAUGAAGGGCUGAUGGAAGACACACGGGAUUUGGCUGAGCGCACUCCUCGUUCGGAGCGUAAACGGAGAGACUCUUUCGGGAUGUUUGAUGGCUAUGACAGCUGCAGUGAGGAGUCAACCAGCAGCUCCAGCUCCGAGGACAGUGAGGAUGAAGUUGUGCCUUCUAUCCCGGCUAAUCUGCCCAUCAUCAAGAACAAUGGACAGGUGUACACCUACCCUGACGGCAAGGCGGGAAUGGCAACAUGUGAGAUGUGUGGGAUGGUUGGAGUGCGGGACGCAUUCUAUUCAAAAACUAAGCGUUUCUGCAGCGUCUCAUGUUCUAGAAGCUACUCCUCAAAUUCUAAAAAAGCCAGCAUUUUGGCCAGACUCCAGGGCAAACCACCAACAAAGAAGGCGAAAGUCUUACAGAAGCAACCUCUUAUGGCAAAGCUGGCCGCCUAUGCUCAAUAUCAAGCAAGUCAACAGAACCAGGCCAAGUCAAAAGCCGUUGUAGCAGCAGACAGCUUUGACUGGGGACACUACAUCUGCAACAAUAACACAGAAGGAGCUCCCGUCAGCUGCUUUAAACAUGCACCUAUGGGGACGUGUUGGGGAGGCAUCGCUGAAGGAGUGAGGCUAGAGGUUAUCAAUUCUGAUACCAAUCUCUCCACUAAAGUCUAUUGGAUCGCAGAGAUCAUCAAACUGGCGGGCUUCAAGGCUUUGCUUCGCUACGAGGGCUUUGAUGGGGACAACAGUAAAGACUUUUGGUGUAACCUCUGUAUCCCUGAGGUGCACCCUGUUGGAUGGUGUGCCUCUAGCGGCAAACCCCUUGUACCUCCUAAAAGUAUUCAACACAAAUACUCAAACUGGAAGGCCAUUUUGGUAAAGCGUCUCACUGGAGCAAAAACACUGCCACCGGACUUCAACACCAAGGUUCACGAGAACAUGCAGUUCCCGUUUAAGAAGCUGAUGCGUGUAGAGGUGGUGGAUAAGAACUACCUGUGCAGAACCCGGGUGGCUUUGGUGGAGCAGGUGAUUGGGGGGCGUCUGCGGCUCGUUUACGAGGAGAGCGAGGACGGCUCUGAUGACUUCUGGUGCCACAUGUACAGCCCACUCAUUCACAACAUUGGCUGGUCCCGCUCCAUCGGACACCGAUUCAAACGCUCUGAUGUUACAAAGAAAAUGGAUGGUCAGAGGGAUGCUCCACCACAGCUCUUUCAAAAGGUGAAAGAUGUGGACCAAAGUGGAGAGUGGUUUAAAGACGGGAUGAAGUUGGAAGCUAUCGAUCCGCUCAACCUCUCAGCCAUCUGCGUAGCCACUGUCAGAAAGGUGUUGGCAGACGGUUAUGUGAUGAUCGGAAUAGACGGUUCAGAGGCACUUGACGGGUCUGAUUGGUUUUGUUAUCACGGCACGUCCCCUUCCAUUUUCCCCGCCGGCUUCUGUGAAAUCAAUGAGAUCGAUCUGACUCCCCCAAGAGGGUACACUAAAUUGCCAUUUAAAUGGUUUGACUACCUCAGAGAAACAGGUUCCAUAGCAGCUCCAGUCAAGCUCUUUAACAAGGAGGUGCCCAACCACGGCUUUCGACAAGGCAUGAAGCUGGAGGCGGUGGAUCUGAUGGAGCCAAGGCUGUGUGUCGCCACGGUGACCAGGAUUGUGCAUCGUUUACUGAGAAUCCAUUUUGACGGCUGGGAGGAUGAGUAUGACCAGUGGGUGGACUGUGAGUCUCCAGACCUGUACCCUGUGGGUUGGUGUCAACUGACGGGGUACCAGCUGCAGCCCCCUGCAGCACAGAGUAACAGAGACGUUGCUGCAUCUGUGCCUAAGCAGAAAAAGAAGGCUCCUCAGUACAAAGGCCAAAAGAAAAAGUCCACACUGCGCAUGAAGGAGGAGGCCGCCGAGGUGGAUGACUUCACCUUCUCCCAGACCAUCUCAGACCAGGAGAGCAAUGGCUCAGGCAGCUACUACAUCAAACAGGAGCCCUGAGGCAGGCGGGCAGCCCACCACACAGGGGCCAGCCCAGCAGACUCUACGCAGCGGGUGGUCCUCUGCUGGUGAAUGGUGGACCAAUAAGAACAAGGCUUCGAACAAAUGCGGGUUUCUCCGUCAGCCUCUGGAGACCUGUCCAAACUGUGAGGAUCAUCUUUUGAGCCAGCUCUUCACUUUUGUUUUUUACAUUUGUCUCGUCAGGUUCGGAGUCAGACACACAGGAUUCCCUUUGGUCAGAGCAGAUUUGGAGCUGACCCAACACUUGUGCAUAUUUUGUUUUCUUAUGGACUAUAUUGCCUGAUGGACUAUUGUUUUGUUCAUAGUACUUGAAUAUCUUUUGUAAUGAUUCAUUAUGUCCUGACGUUAUUUUACAUGACUUUUGUGGCUGUGUGGGAAAAGCUCCAUGUUUCUUAAAGAUGAUUCUAUUCACAAAGUAUAUGAAUUCAGAUGGAACUAUUGACCUUUUAAAAGUUUGGAAACAAAAUCAUUCUGAAUUCCAGAAUAGAGGAAACUGGAUGCAAAGGUGAAGUGUUGGAUUAACCACCGAAUAUCAUAAAAUAUAAAACAAAUCUAGGUAGUUUUGGCAAAUGGUAGUCACACCGAUACAUGUGAUAUCAGAACCUGAGAUUUCCAAUUAUAAACAUUAUUUGUUCAUUUAAUGGAGACUGCAAUAGAUACUGAGCAUUUUUAAUGAAGGCAAAACCUUAUUACUUUAGGAUUUACUGUACAAAUACUACCCCACAAUAGUUUAGAAUUUUAUGACAUAUAUAUAUAUAUAUAAAAAAAACAUCCUUUUUCACAAAUUAUGUUGUUUUUUUGUGGAGUUUAAAUACAAUUUUGAGGCUAGAAGGUUUUAGUUUUUUUAAAUGAAAACUGACAUUUCAAAAUUCUAACAGUUGCGUAUUUAUUUUUACUCUGAAGAUCAUCAUUGAAUCAAGAUAGUGAAAUUAUGGCCCAGUUCCUUUUUGCCUCCGGUCACCUCCAUUCUGGACUUUUGAACUUUGUGAUACCAUAGCUUUUAAAGGGUCUAUAGACAACAGGCAUUACAGCAUGUGGUGUAAGAACAAAGCUGCUCAUCUUCAUCAUCAUCAGUUUCUUUUUGAUCCAAGUCGCUGCAUCUUUCUGAACAAACAUGACGGCACAAAAAUCUGGGGACAACAGAAAACUUUAGCUUCCAGACAAAUCAACUGCCACGAUAUCAGACCAGAGGAAUGCUGCUUUAUUAACCUACGCUGCCACUAGCAAAUUCUUCAGAGCAUCUUGGGAGUCUGGCUUUAUAACAAACAUGAUAGAAAAUUCCUAAAAAACUAAAAAACAACCAAAAAAAAAAAUUAUGUCUUUAAAUUGUUAGAAAUACAUGUAAUAACACAUUUUCUAUCUUGCACAAUUUGAAACUUGCAAUGGAAGUAUGAGUGGGCCAUCUUGCUUAAAAAUGCACUGCGCAACUUUUCUGGUGGAGGAUAUGCCACCAGCUUGUCUCCCUGGAGAUGUUAUUGCUUGCAAUUGGAUGUUCCAUGGUAUGACUUUAAACAUUUCCAUAUAGCAUUUACUCAUUAUGUGUAUUUCCAUUGCUCAAAAAUUCAAUAAUUCCUUCUAUGAAUAGGGGCAAGUCUCCUUGUGAUAUAUCGAUUUAAUUUAUACUGUGGAACAUUCUAGACAAAGCAGUAGCAUUUCCAUGGAGACAAGUCAGUAGCGGACCCUCCACCAAAAAAGUUACAUAGUGUGCCUUUAAAGUCCUUAAAUGUCCCAGUAAAAGGAGCACUGCCUUGUGUAUACUCAUUUUGGUCAGAGAUGCUCACGACUACAUGCGGCACAUGACAUGUUUGUUGUUGGCAGAUGGUGAUAGCGUAACCUUACUGGUGUGAUAAGGACCUCUGAUUCUACAGAACUCUCUCACGUCCACACUACGGCAGGCAAGAGAGGACAAUUCACCUGGUCCCAAGUGUGUCACAACUGUCUAAAGGUCCUAUAUUACACAAAAUUGACUGUUGUGAGCUUUAAGCAAUGUUAGAAUGUUCUUUCCUAAUCAAAACAUACCUGGUGUUGUGUUUUGUUUCAUUCACACAUCUUUGAGUAACCCUUUAUUAUUAGUCUGUCUACAUCUCCAAAGCUCAAAAUGCUCUGUUCCACCUUGUGAUAUCAUCAAGUGAUAGUUUUCAAGUUAGUUUUACCUUUUUGUUCAGUAGAGAUUGGCAGUUCCAGUGCUCAAAUCAUCCAAAUAAAUCUACUGAAGGUGCAUGAAGUUUAAAAACACAGUGGAGCACUUCCUCUAUUACCACAUGGCAUCACAAGGUACAACAGAGUGUUUUCAGUUUGAGAGAAGAAUAUGCAGGAUUUGUGUGUGAACAAAACAAAAUAAAACUCUAGGUAUGUUUGUGAACAUAGAAUAGCGUAACAUGGGCCCUUUUAAAUUACGCAGGAGCUAUGACAUUUUGUUAAGAGCUAAACAACCAGUUAUUGAGGUUGUGUGCAGAAACCAACUUAGUUAAGUAUCACAUGCCAAAGUGCAAGGUGAUCAUUAUUGUAGUAGCAAAACUAAUUAGUGAAGCCUUUUCUUCAAAUCAACACUAAAAUAAGUUCUCAGAUGAAAUUAUUAAACAUGUUUUAUUAUUUAAACCUAUUAUCUUAACACCUAAUCUAAAGUGACACACUGGAGACGUUGGCAGCAUCCGCAUGUGUAGCAUUUACAUAUUUUUCAAUAGAAAUGCAAAAACUAUGGGGAGGAAUUCAGUGGGCGUUUUCAUAUGGGUGCCACGUGUAUGCAAGCUAGAUUCAAAGCUGAGCCACAGAAUUACAGCUUGGUUAAUAAUGAACAAUGCACUGCUUUUUCUAUAGUUAUGGCAGCAUUCAUACUAUACUGUUAAAUACUGGGCUUAAAUAGAGUCAUAUAUAAAAGUAUAAAAAAUAUGAAAUACAUUUUUGACUGUGAUGGUAUGGAGAAAACUAUAGUGUGAUCUCUGCAGCUGUUUUGUACUACCUCUAAUUGCUAGCCACAAGCUAAAUGUGUGUGUUGGCAUAUGCAAAAAAAAGAAGAAAAGAUUUACGUAACUAAUAACGCCAAAACAACAAAUUGUAUGACAGCACAUGAGGUAGUCGUGAAAUCUGAUACAACAUUAACAUAUGCAAUAAGUAGAGAUUUCAGAGUUUAUCAAGAUUUAUCCUAUCAAGAUGAUGUAAUAAAUAAAUGUUGGACAAAUGUCUUAUAUUGGCGGCAGAAGAUGCUAAGAAAUCCUAUCUCUACCAGUAAGGUUUCCUCAUUCAAUUCUCAGGAAGAUUUCUUUGUUACAUUGGCUCAAAUGAUCACGUGCAUCUGUUCUAUGGAGUUAUAUGUAAGCUACAUAAAAUUUAUAAAAAAGACUUUUAUAGAAGUGAUAAUGAUGAUGUAUUAAAGAUGUUUUGUGUUUGUUAUUUGA